CCGCCUGCAGUCUGCGAGAACGUGCCGCUUUCGGAGGCGUUAACGCGGAAUCUAAGUUGUACAAACGCGCAUGCAAGGACCGCCACUCGUUUGCAUUUAUCAUUGAAUUUUCAGUUCCUGCUUAGAUUCUGCUGCAGAGAUGCGAGUUAUUGAAAGUCUGAGGUGCCCGCUGGUGGGUCUGCCCCUGUAGAAUUGUUGCCCUGUGGUGGCUGUUGAAUAUGGACAAGCCUUGCGUUACCGUGGAUUUAGAGAAAGUUUUAUAGUGUCACUGAGGCUGGACUGACUUUCCAAAAUUGCCAUAUUAAAAAUAUCCCGUGUUUGUGAUUUUCUUCAAGUGUUCCAUACUGUUAGAAAAGAGUGGCUAACACUGGAAUGCCUCAAUUAACUGCAGCUGCUGCUUUGCAGAUUGGUUUAUUAAUAUCUGCACUUCCUGCCCAGUAUAUUUUAACCCGAUUUUUUGGCAGUGAUUCCACCCAGCGUAUCCAGGCAUCAAGAAGGUUAAUCCAUAAAUGGAAUGAAUUCAGAAAAUCUUACUUAAAUUUGCAAGCUUGGAAGGACUGGUUAAAUGAAUGGAGUUUGAAGGAGAGAUCUGUUCAAAAUGAAGACCCUCUUGGGGAGUCUCCAGCUAUUGAAGUCUUGCUAUUGAAAGAGAAGGAUGGAUACUUCGCAGGCUCACCUGAGCCUCGAUCUCCAAGGCCACCAUUUGUCAAAUACAGAGUGGGGCAGGUCUUCAGACACAAAGAUGAAGGAUUCCUUGGUGUGAUAGUUGGAUGGGAUGAGAAUGCAAGAGCCCCAGAAGACUGGCUUAAUGAAAGAUAUCCUUCAGACUUCCAGAAUUUGAAAUACACUCCUCAUUAUAAGGUUCUCGUUCACAUGAAUGAUGGAAUAAAUUCAGAAACACGCUAUAUUCCAGAAGAGGAUAUUGUCAUAUUGACAGGUGUACAGGUGUACCAUCCACUGUUGCCUUCUUUCUUCAGUGUGUUUGAUGGAGACCGAUACAUAAUGAUGCCAUGGCUGAAGCAAGUCUACCCACAUGACUGAAUGAAGGUUAACUUCCAAUAAUGCAGGGAAAGUAAUUUGCCAAAGUAGAAUUAAUGUGGAGCUUUUAAAUACACAGAGUUGCUGAAUAUAUGAUGUAUUUAAAAUACUGGGCUGUUUAUUUUAAAAUGUUUUCAAAUGUUACCAUUACAGGGUACAUAUCUGUUGAUAUUUCCAUUUGGAAGGUCAAAUAAAUGCAAGUUGAUUCAGUCUCUAUAUGAAAGUCAAAAAUAUGUUUCUACUUUUUAAGAGAAUGUUUUCAAAAUAUAUUUUCUUUUAGCAGCAUGGUGAGUAAGCUCAUCAGACAUUUCUGGCCCAUAUGACACACAAGGUCCAUUUUACAGAGUAUCAUGGCCAAUCUUUAUUAAUUAUUUACUGACAUGGUGGGUAAAAAGAAAUCAGAAGGACAAGAGUAAUGUGUACUUCCCCAGAAGGAAUUUAUAGAUUGCUAAUAUUAUAUUGAGACCAUUUAGUGUUCUUAAAUGAGAAAUAAAUCAAAUUGAAACCUCCAUUGUUAUUAAAUGGUAAGUAGUGGUUGAACUUUGACUUUAAGUUAUGAUAUUAUGAAAACCAUGGCUUUUGAAUUUCCUUGAAUUUCUGGAUCAUGAAGUGGAAACAGGGUUCCCACUUCUAAUUGCAGUCCCUAUAAUUUGAGUGUGCCAGAAUCAAUCACAACCAUCCAUCAUUGUGCGUAAUCCAUGCUCACGUGAAUGUUGAGCAAUUUGGCAGGAUGAUACUCAGAACCAAUGAGUGGUAAUGUUGGUGAAAUUGUUUGCAUGUCCUGGGAAAACUCUGGAUAUUAUCCUUGUCCCCACAACCAAAUUAUUUUGCCUAUUUGAUUCUGUGAAGAGCAUCAAAGCCCACAUUUUGUCCAACACAAAAUUAUCAUCUACUUCCAUCUCCAUAAUGUUGCAUCAAUCUGUACUUCACAGCUAAUAUAGCUAAAAAUCAUUUGUCUAUGUAGUAUUCUUUCCUGAAGGUAUUCCAAUUCCAUCAGAAAAAUUGUCAGUUAAUACUUUACUCUUUGAAUUCUAUCCAGUUACCUAUUAACACCAACCUCAUCAAUUUUUGACACCUAUCACCAGGGUAUCAAUUCCAUUGGAACCUAGAAAAUACAAGAACAUGAAAGACCCUGUAGACCCUAGAGUCUAGUUAGAUUAACAUCUGUCAUUGGGAGACUUUAGAAGCUAUUAUGAAGGAUGUUAUUAAUAGGAUACUUAAUAAAAAAAAAUCAAGUUUGUCAGGUAAGGUCAAUCUGGUUUCGUGUGAAAGGAAAAUCAGGUUUGACCAAUUUAUUGGAGUUCUUUGAAAGGGUAACAUUUGCUGUGGAUAAAGAAGAACCAGUGGAGGUACUAAGACUUCCAGAAGGUAUUUGGUGAGGCUCUGCAUCAAAGGUCAUUACGAAAAAUUAAAGCUUGCUGUUACAGAUGUAACAUUAGUGUUGAUAGAAGAUUAUGCCUGUUCUGAUUUCUGUUAGCAGCCAAAUGGGUCUUUUUCUGAUUGGCAAGAUGUUAACAAAUGGUUUGCCACAGGGAUUAGCUGAGACCUCAACUUUUUAUAUAGGUGACUUGAAGUGUGAUUGUUAAAUUUGCUGAUGACACAAAUAUCUGCAGGAAAUUAAGUUACGAAGAGGAUACAAUGACACCACAAAAUUGGUUAAACGAGAGUAGGCACAAUCUGGCAGAGUAUAACAUGGAAAAAUGAGAAAUUGUCUAGUUUGGAAGGGAAAAAAUAAAAGAACCCUGUUAUCAAAAUGAUGAACAAUUGCAGAGCUUUGAGAUGUGGGGCGAGGCAGGGGGAAGUCCUUGUGCAUGAUUUGCAGAAGGUUAGUAUGUAGAUCCAGCAAGCAAUUAGGAAAGCUAAUGGGAUGUCAUUAUUUAUUGCUAUGGAAAAUGAAUACAAAAGCAGGGAGGUUGUGUUUCAGUUAUAUAAGGCAUAGGUGAAAUCACAACUGGAGAAUUGUGUACAAUAUUGGUCUCCUUAUUAAAGGAAGGAUUUUAGUUUUUUGGAAGCAGUUCAGAGACCGUUUGCUAGAACUGAUUGUCUUAAGAGGAAAAGUUGGACAUGCUAGACAUUUAUCAGCUGGAAUUUAGAAGAGCGAGAGUACACUUGAUUGAAAUGCAUAAAUUAUAACGGGGAUGUGUAGAGAAUCUAGAACUAGGGAUCACUGGUUAAAAUAAGGGGAUGCCCAUUUAAGACAGCAAUAAGUCAAAAUAUUUUCAGAGGGUUAUGAGCCUUCAGAACUCACUUCUUUAUAGGAUAGGAUAGUAGAGUGGAGCCUGAGUAUUUUUAAGGCAGAGUAUAACAGAUUCUUGAUAAGCAAGGAGCAAAAGAUUAUUGGAUAUCCAUUACCCACUACUUAAGUCAAUCAAGACAACACAUUAAAACACCUUUUGAUAUCAGAUCCAUUUGUUCUUCAGAAAUCUUUAAAUAUUUAUCAUGGUUUAAUUGAUCUUUUCCUUUAAGAAUCUGGAUAUGUGAAAAGUUUUGCCAGUGGGGAUUGUUUUCUAUUUAAACAAUUCCAGUCUCACUAACUUACCUUCAUUGAUCAGAUAUCUUGCAUUGCACAUCUGUGAAAAGCUGUUUUUCUUUGAUGACAAUUCUCCAUCUUCCCAGAUUAGUGAAAUAGCUUUGUAUUUGGUUUGUUUGCUCCUAUUGUGUAUUUUCUUUAUUUUAGUUGGUAUCAUUUGCAAAUGUAAGAAAUUUAGUUUGUCUGAAUCUCCAAAUAACUUUUAUGAACUAUCAACAGCGACCCCAUCAAUGAUCCCUCUGGUCCCCUACUUUUUAUCUGACAUUCUUUCCUUAAACCACACUCAUUGCAGGGUGAAAGUAACUUAAGUUUCUUACUAUUACAGUCAUAUGAUAACAUUUGACGAUUUAGCCUGUUUGUAGUAAUACCAUUGGCCAUUUUCUUCCCAAUACAUUGUACUGGCCUACUUGCAUCCUUGUCUCAUUGCCAGCUGUUUCUCAACUUCAGACACUCCUGAAAACCUGUUUCCUUAACCCAUACCUUUGAUAUUUCCCCUGUUGGUUCAGUUGUGUCUCAGAAAUGCACUGGAACCAUUUAUUAGUUUAAAGUUUACAGAUAAAUGCAAAUUGUUAAUUUCUUGGCCCAGAUAAACUCUCAGCUGCAUGUAGUUCAGGCCUGGAAUCUUUCUGGUCUGCAUAGUUUACCUCGUAUACAAAUCUGCUUGGAUCAGAGAAGUUUCAUUUUUAUCCUCGACUUGGCACCACCAUUGUACAAGAAAGUAGAGGUGUGAUUUAGUGACUCCCGCUAGUAUUAAAAUCACUUGGAUGCUGUGAGAUGUACAAGAAUGCCAGUGGCACAGUUGUCUUCCAGAUAUUUCCCCUUCCUGUAAGACAAUAACUGGUAUCUGCCACCUGUCCUGUGUUUCCCUUUCAACAGAAUAUACCCAAGAGUGAGAGAUGAAUAAACUUAGGGAUUUGAAUCCAUGUCUAUUCCUAUUCCCUUGGAUCUUGUUAAAUGUUGGUAACAAUAUAUAAUUUUAAAAUGUUUUUUCCAGUCUCAUGUAUAUAACAUGUAAGUAUGCCAGAAUGAUGCACCAGGAUAUUCAAAUAUGUGUCUAUUUGCAUCUUUAAAACAUGCAAUUAUUAUGAUUCAUUUAUGAUCGGUGAACUGACUGAGUGGUCCGCAUACUUGAUAUACUGAGAAAUGUUCAUCUUUCUUCCUAAAUUAUCCUUGGAAUUGAACAUGAAACAGUAUAAUAGUUUAUUAUUAAAAAGUACGUAAGUUCUGUACCAUUGCAUUUCUAUCACCAUUCUUUUAAAAUCAAAGAUUCAGGUUCCAAAUCAUGUGCAUGAUAACUAUUGCAAUAAACAUUUAUUAGAUUUUUUAAAUUCCAUCAUGAAUUCCUGUGAAUAAAGGAAAUGUCAAAGCUAUCUAUUAAGAUGUAAUUUAUUUUGCAUGUUCAGUGAACUGUGCAAGAUGGAAUGAUUCAAAAUAUUAUAGGGGUGUGAUGGUGGCGGGGUGGAAUAUUUGACAACUUUAA